GUGAGGAAAGUGGUGUGGGAAUAGGAGGCGAACGCUACCCGUGUUUUCUAUUUGUUUUCCUGUCCUUUAGUAAUUUUCCCCGUACCAUCUCUUCGCUUGUGUAUAUUUUCGCCUUGUUAUUUCAGGUCUUUUGAAAAAUUAAGAGGAAUUACGGUCCACUUCCCCAAAGGCAUUAAUUGUAAGGCCAUUUGGGUGAAAAACGGACUCUUUCAUGACGGAAAAUCUCCAAACACUCGGGGAAAUAUGACUGGGAUUCGUAGUGGAUGGACCAUACUACAGUUCUGAUAAGGUGUUUACCAAUAUACGGUGUAGCGUAUUUACUCAUAAAGUAAAUCCAUCACAGAGGAGCCUCCAGCACAAGAACUGUGAAAACUACUGCUGACAAAGAGCAUCGAAGUCUUCUGAGGAUAAUGCAUGUUUCACUCCGGUCGCGUGCGCUAUAGUUUAUGCAUCGAGCGGGGCAAGUAAAGGGGAAAAUACAUACUCUGAAGAUACCUUAUUUUAUAGUUUUACUUUACGGAAAGUUUUUCAAUCAGACGUUAAAUUAUUAAGUGGACCUACAUUAAUGAUGACGUUCUUCCUUUCCAUCUGAAAGAUCAAUACGCGCAUUUUCACAUUCCAGACUAAUCUAACGAAUUAUUUGGUAGGUUACCACUUAAAAAUUGAACUAAGAGAAAAAGCUAUCGCCUAUCACCGAUGUGGGUACAAGCACGGUCAAUGGGCACACGACCCAGCUGACAGUACCUCCGGAAUCCCAAUCCAUUUACCAUUUUGUGACCACCUUUCCAUCUGGGAAAAAGUACGAAGCCGAUAUUUCGCAGGUUUUAUACCAACAUGGAGAUUCUGGCCAUGGAUGUCACCUUGCUUUGGAUUGUCCUCCUGAGGUGCCUGCUCUUGGCGCGGACAGAGGAAGAGGUUCUGAUGAACACCAAGAAGGAGACCUCCGAUCUGAAGUGGACUACCUACUCGAGUCAAAACAAACCAGAGUGGGAGGAGGUCAGCGGGCAUGACGAGGAGAACAACAGCGUGCGCACCUACCAGAUCUGUCCGUCGGACGGCCAGGCGAGCCACUGGCUGCGCAGCAAGCUGAUCGAGCGGCGGGCCGCGUCGCAGGUGUACGUGGAGCUGCGCUUCACCAUGGUGGAGUGCUCGUCCCACAGCUCGCCGCACCCCAGCUGCAAGGAGACCUUCAACCUCUACUACUACCAGAGCGACUCGGACGACGCCACCGCCUCACACCCCUCCUGGCUGGAGAACCCCUACACCAAGGUGGACACGGUGGCGUCGGACUUCCUGCUGCGCAAGGGCGGCGAGCGCAAGUUCAACAUGAAGACGCUGCGGCUGGGCCCGCUGUCCAAGCGGGGCUUCUACCUGGCCUUCCAGGCGCAGGGCGCGUGCAUGGCGCUGCUGUCCGUGCGCGUCUUCUUCAAGAAGUGCCCCGAGCUGGUGCGCGCCCUCUCCGUCUUCCCCGAGACCGUGCCGCACGCGCUGGUGCAGGAGGCCACUGGACGCUGCGUGGCCCACGCCGGGAUCGCCGCCGCCGCCGCGCCCAAGAUGUUCUGCGGCGAGGACGGCCAGUGGGUGGGCCAGCUGACCACCACGUGCGCCUGCCAGCCGGGCUACGAGCCCAACGACGGCGACCUCCGCUGCAAAGCUUGUCCGGCGGGCCAUUAUAAGUCGUCCAUGGGCCCUGGCGUCUGCGUCCCCUGCCCCCAGUCCAGCAACGCGGCCGAGGCUGGAGCCGCCCUCUGCAGCUGCCGACCGGGCUACUACCGAGCCCCCACCGACACGGCCAAUGUGGCCUGCACCCGCCCCCCCUCUGCCCCGCGGAACAUCAUCCCUGAGAUCAACGACACGUCGGUCACGCUGGAGUGGAGCGAUCCGCUGGAAGAUGGCGGCCGCACGGACCUCACCUACGCGGUGGAGUGCGCGCUCUGCCCUCCUGCGGGGGGCCCGUGUGGGCCCUGCGGGGACAGCGUGAGCUUCCGGCCGACGCAGCGGGGCCUGGUCCUGCGGAGGGUGACCGUGUGGGGCCUGCGGCCGCACACCACCUACACCUUCACCGUGCACGCCCUCAGCGGGGUCUCCCCGCUCAACGGCAAGGGCCUGGCCAGCGACGCGGUCAACAUCACCACCAGCCGCCAUGUGCCAGUGAUGGUGACGGGCAUCAGGAAGAGCCUGGCCACCGAGUCCAGUGCCACUCUCCAGUGGCCCGUGCCAGCCCAGACGCACGUCAGCAUUCUGGAGUACCAGCUGCGCUACUGCGAAAAGGACCGUCUGCCGGAGGACCAGUCGUGCCGCUACAAGGAGAGCGACAGUAACCAGGUGGUGCUGAGUGACCUGCGCCGGGCCACGCUGUACGAGGUGCAGAUUCGUGCCCGCACCAUGGCCGGCUUCGGCAACUUCAGCCGCGUCUACUCCUUCCGCACGCUGCCCGACGAAGAUGACUCGUCCUCGCCGCUUCUGGUUACCGGGGUGCUCAUCGCCGUGGGGAUGCUCCUCCUCAUCACUGUCAUCAGCAUCGCCGUCUUCUGCAUACGCAGACAGAAUCGAUUGAAGGACCCUGAACUGAAUGACAAGAAUGGGCAGUAUCUGAUGGGUCAAGGUGUGAAGGUCUACAUCGACCCCUUCACCUACGAGGACCCUAAUGAGGCAGUGAGGGAAUUCGCCAAGGAGAUCGACGUGUCCUUUGUCAAAAUCGAGGAGGUCAUUGGCGCCGGUGAGUUCGGUGAGGUGUGUCGCGGGCGGCUGAGGAUCCCGGGGAAGAAGGAGAACUACGUGGCCAUCAAGACGCUGAAGGGCGGCUACACGGACAAACAGCGCCGCGACUUCCUGGCCGAGGCCAGCAUCAUGGGUCAGUUCCAGCACCCCAACAUCAUCCACCUGGAGGGCAUCAUCACGUCCAGCUGCCCCGUCAUGAUCAUCACCGAGUUCAUGGAGAACGGAGCGCUCGACUCCUUCCUACGGUUGAAUGACGGGCAGUUCACGCCCAUCCAGCUGGUUGGAAUGCUGCGUGGCAUCGCCUCAGGCAUGAAGUACCUUUCGGAGAUGAGCUACGUGCACCGCGACCUGGCAGCCCGGAACAUUCUAGUCAACAGCAAUCUUGUGUGUAAGGUGUCCGACUUCGGCUUGUCCAGGUUCCUGCAGGAGAACUCGUCUGACCCCACCUACACCAGCUCACUGGGAGGUAAGAUUCCUAUUCGCUGGACAGCCCCUGAGGCCAUCGCCUUCCGAAAGUUCACCUCCGCCUCGGACGUAUGGAGCUACGGCAUUGUCAUGUGGGAGGUGAUGUCGUUUGGAGAGAGACCAUAUUGGGACAUGAGCAACCAAGAUGUGAUCAAUGCCAUCGAGCAGGACUACCGGCUGCCGCCACCACCAGACUGCCCCACCCACCUGCACCAGCUGAUGCUGGACUGCUGGCAGAAGGAGCGCACGGCCCGCCCACGUUUCUCCGCCAUCGUUAGCGCGCUGGACAAGCUCAUCCGCAACCCCGCCUCUCUCAAGAUCACUGCCCAGGAGGGAGCAGGGCUCUCCCACCCCCUGCUGGACCAGCGGCCCCCGCUGCCCCCUGCGUCCUGCGGCUCGGUGGGGGAGUGGCUGCGGGCCAUCAAGAUGGAGCGCUACGAAGAGAGCUUCCUCCAGGCCGGCUUCACCUCCAUAGAGCUGCUCGCCCACGUCACCACCGAGGAUCUGCUGCGUUUGGGGAUCACCCUGGCCGGCCAUCAGAAGAAGAUCCUGUCCAGUGUGCAGGCCCUCCGGAUCCAGACCAAGAGCCCGGGCAGCGUGCAUUUCUGAGCAAACCGCUCCCCCUUCCUUCCCUCAACCAAUGAAAAUGAAAACUCAGCGCACUCCAGCAUAGACCGCAACUCGACAUCCCUACACCACCUCGACAUGCACAGCACACGCGUGGAGCCACACAAGACACAGAGUCCCUCUCUGCUUCAGCAGGACGACUCAAACCCGUUGGAUCUGCUUCAUUGCUCCAUAACCAAACGUUUGGGACAGUCCAACACUUGUGGCUCGGAUACAGACAGAUAACCCAGAGCCAAAAUGACACUUAAUCAGAGAGACUCGUGAGGAAAAUGACAAUGCGUAUCUAAGGAGGCCAUGUACCAGGAUCCUCAGAGAGGGAGAGACUGAUCACUUGCAAAUAGAAAAGACAUGUCUGAGGGCACUGCGCCAGAGGCAGAGCCAAAUCUGUGUGAUAUCGACGCCAACUGAGGAUGAGCACAUGUUCAGAAUUGGAAUAUCAAAAUGCCAAAUCGAGGACGAAAGCCUGGACUUUCAGAGAGUAUUUUGUAUAAAACCCCCUGAACAAGGACUUCAUUCUCACCUACUGCAUUUUAAACCUCUUCCACAUUAGCGUUUCACCCGAGCAGGUUUGUAUUGAACUGAAGACACUGUGUUGAAGAUGCCUGUGGUCUGCCAAGAGUGUCUGGACUCCAAAGUAUGUCUGAACAAACUGAACGAACCGUACAUUCUGUAAACAAGGCACAUUUAGCGUGUGCGACCUGUUUUUUACACUCAAUGUUGUUUCGGCGGAUGUUGCUCAUGGUCGUGUCAUGUCUCUACCGGGUUAGGGCCGGUGACUGCGGACGUGAGGUGGAUUAGCACUUGUGUAUAUUUGAAAUGAACUCGGAGCGAGGCACAGUGGGCCCCAGUAUACUGUGGGGUUUUUUAGUGAGUGUGGAGCAAGUCUGCAUUUUUACGCUCAAAUGCCCAGAUGAAUCAAUUACAAAGAAUCCAAUAGGCCAAGAGACCAGUAGAAUGCUGUCAGCUUUUUUCUAUAUGGAUUUUACCUCAGAACAGGGGAAAAAAAUAUCAGGGGAUUGCCAUGGUCUUAAUUAACAUGAAUAUUCUCUUUUUCCAAAAUGGCUUCCAAAGGUGCCAUAUUUAAUUUAGCACAUAGAUCUCAGCAUAUGCUGGUGCCAUCAUGGUUCACUGGUUCAUGUGGUCAAAUUGUGGUGCCAUUUUCUUAAAGGCAACAUAGCUGCACCUGGGUUUGGUUUCACAAGAAAAAAAGACAAAUGCCUCUGUAUUAAGCAUCAGUGGAACACAAACUUCCGUCCUUCUUCCUGCUCUGAACAGGAUUGUAGGUCGGAGUGAGUAUGGUCUUCACAUUGGAGAUCCAACAGCUCCCUGUGCGUUGCGCUGCCUUUCUUAUGUUGUGUAUAAAUAUCUGGUUUAUGUAAAUGAGUUUAAUCCACUCUUUAUGGUCUGUGUGUAAUCUGUGUUCUGUCACAAUAAAGAUUCAUACCUCUGCUCA